AAACGCACUACUGGAUUACCCUUUUUUGGUGUGCCUUAGGUGGUUUGAUAUUGGGUGGAAUUGUUGUCAUUUCAUACUGGAUAAGACGAUGCAGGACACUUGCAGCGAGAUCAACCAGCCGGCAUCGCCGCAUCCGGAGCCGGAGCUCAUCAUCAGCUGCCACCGGGAUCAGCGGGAUCAGUGCCAUCGGGAUAAUAUCCAGAGGGAAGGCAAAGUCAUCACCCGAUCACAAUCAUCGGCGUCGACCGCGCCGCAUGCUCCAGUGCAUCAACUGAAGCAGCAGCAGUCUCUGCCCACUCCUCUAACGCAGCAGCCCAGCCACAAUCCGCAGGCCCCCAAGUCCGUCUCGAUCCUGGUCUACAAGACCCUGAACACGGUCUUCAAGAGCAGCCGCAAAAUCAUCGUUCGCGUGUGUGAGGUGGCCAGCGCCAAGAAGUCCUUCACCAUGUUCAAGUUCAACAAGGCCGCGCAGCAGCAGCGGAUCGACAAUCGGAACAGUGCCGUCACAGGACACGAUCCCUUCGUCCGACCACCCGUGCCCGAAAAGAAAGUGAGGAACAUUAUGAAGAAGCUGCACAAGGCGAACGGCCUGAAACGCUCCAACUCGGCCAUCGAGUUCGAUGUCUCGGCCCUGACAGCAGCCAAUCGCCGCCAGAUCUACAGUAGCAAUCGGUCGGCGAGCUCGGAGCAAGAUAACUCAGAUCUAUCCGAGCACUCGGAGAAAUCGCCGCUGGUUAGCGCGAGGUUAGACAAUCUAGCUAGGCUCUUCUUUAGCAAGUCGAUGCCAGCGGAAACCGGAAGUAGAGAUACCAUAGAUUCAGUACUGACAACAAGGCCCAACAUCAAGUAUCAGUACUCCGCCCUCGACAGUGGCAAUGGGAUCGUGGAGCGAAGUCCCCGGGAGCGGGCUCAGAGGGAAAAGGCCCUGAAUGCCACUCAGGAAUGGAUUCAGGGGGCCAAUGGGCGCUACGAAGUGAUCGCCCACCUGGAUGAGAUCGGUUCGAGGCAUGGCAAGAACUGGUUUCUGGUCACAGAUGCUUCGGUCCGCACUGAUCGUCUGCUGACCCUGCUACCUCUGCCCCCCGACUGCGUGGCCUUCGAGGAUCUCCCGCCAAACGAAAGUGCGAGGGAAAUACUCAUGGAGCUCCUGGGCUCGCUGCACCAUCCGUACAUAUAUCCCGUUCUGGAUCUGGGCUUCUUGCGGAACACCUCGUAUAACUACGCCUGCCUGGUGACGCCCUUUAACUCGCGGGGCAGCCUCAAAGAUCUCAUUUAUAAGGCACAGUGGAAUGAGCCGUGGGCCAGGAAGUACACGCGUAAGCCAAAUGGCUUACCGGUGAGCCAGGUGCAGCGCCUGGGGCGACAGAUCCUGGAGGCACUGCUCUUCCUGAAGGAGCGCGGCUUUCCGCUUCACGGUCACCUGCACAGCGGCAAUGUCAUCCUGCAGAACGGGGCCGCCAGGUUGUCGGGCCUGGAGAACGGCCUCCUGGGCCUCAGUUCGCGCAUCAACGCCGUCAUGUGGUCCCGAUCGGUCACCGAGAUCGAGAACGUGGACAUCGUCUGCUUCGGCCACCUGCUCUACGAAAUGUGCACGGGCCAGGAGCUGAACACCCCCAAGCCGUCCAUGCGGGUGCUCGAGAUGGAGCUGCAGCACUACCCACAAAUUGGCCAGACAAGAAAAAAAAUUCUGGAAAUAUUAGGUCUAAUCUUUGAGCCGCCUAGCGGUGUCUGCCCCUCUGUUGAGGACCUAGUCCUUUGCGAUCUCUUUCGCAGCAUCGAUUUGCGCGAGCUGCGCGGUCCCUGUUUCAGUACAAUUAAGCCGAGCCUCAGCAGGUCCACCCUGAACCUGCUGCAAGCGGUAAAGAAGCGCCAAUGCGCCUCCCUGGGUCAUUCCUUGAGUGAGGCCAACUCGCCCUGCACGCCCCCCUCGACGCCGCACGAUCGACGCACUGGUAUCAGCCGAACAAUGGACUCAUUUGACAUAUCAAGCGACUCGGAGGAGGGUCUUCUGGAGGAGAUUGUCGUCGGUGGGAGCUGCCAUCGGCAGCACUUGCUCCGCCUCCAGCAGUGGCACUCCGCCCACUCGUAUGUCCACCCCUACGCCUCGGAGUCGCCCAUCCACUAUUGUGACCCGGCGGCCCUCUAUUCGGACGAUAAUAGCCAGGAGUACCAGGGUCAGGACCCCCAGCCGCCGACCAUCCGCUGCAGCACGAGCAGUCAGAGCAACCUGAAUGUCCUGCUAGCCGAGGGCGCUGUGGCCGAGGUCUAUGAGGAGCAUGAGGAGCAGGAGGAGGAUGACUUCGAGCCGGAGGAGGAGGCGAGUGGCUCCUCGCAGGGCCCACAAAGGCUUCAGGCUCCGGCUUGCAACUCGUCGGCAGCUGGGGCCUCCUUCAACCACCAACUCACUGCCGACAUGUGCAACUACAAGAACUCGAAGAGCCGGCGGCUGGAGUACUCCCUCAAGUGCCUCAAGUACGGGCGCAGCAAUCCCUCCCAGGACUCGGCCUUUGGCUCGCUGACCGACAACGACCUGUCCAUCGGUUCGUCCAGCAUUCGGCUGAGCAGCUUCCAGUCCAUCUCCUCGCCCAUCGACGAGGGCGUGGAGGAUGUCAUCAUAGCCACCACCACGGGCGGCAAUGAAACCUGCCUGGAGCUGGCCACCAUUCCCCGGAGCAUGGUCUCCCAGGACUCGGCCAUAUCCUCGCCCUGUCGCGAGAGUUCGCCCAACAACUUUCUGCACAUCGACGAUGCCAUGUCGGGAACGGGAUCCACUUCAUCCGGUUCGAAUUGCGGCUCCUACGGAAACAUACGUCCCCAGCAGUUUCCCGUCUCGCUCUCACCGAAGAUUUUGGUCACCGCCACCAGCAAUUCGAGCAGCUCUUCCCUGGCCUUCACCAGCAACGCCGGUCAGCAGGGUCAGGGUCAGGGUCAGGCCCAAAGCCACGGACAGGGGCAUCCCCAGCAGCAGUUCGAUCCGCCCAAGAUCCUGGUCAAUGAUCAGAACUCGAUCUACACCACAUCGCCAUCGAAGCGAUCUGGAAUGAUAGAGGUGUUCUCCCAGAAAUACCGGGUGAGCUCCUUCGAGGACAUGUCCCCGAAGAGAACCUCCGACAAGCAGCACCUGAAGCACGUGAACCGGCUGGCCUUUCGCUCCUUGGAGGAGGAGCGCAGGAUCGACAACGCCUUCCUGCCGAUGGCGGAUCGCACCCAUUCGGACAAUCGCGUGAACAUGCAGAGCGAGAAGUACAAGAAGCUCACGCACGCUUCCUUUCGCAUCAGCAAGGGUCAGGGUCAGGACUCGCCCACGGCCACGCCCACCAGCCAAACGCCCCCCGGCCAGCCGGGCAACUGCAUCGAGAUGCAGCGAACCGGAAGGCAAACCCUCUGGCGGGACAGCAAGUUCUACCGGAAGAACCGGAUCGCCAAGAGCAACGACUCGCUGAUGGAGAACAAUCCGUCGCCCAGGAUUUCGCCCUGCUCGCUGCGGGACAAUCAGUACGAGAGCAGGAGCAGCUCCCAGGCCAGCCGGAGAUCGCUCAGCGGAAGCCAGCAGAUGCUGAGUGUCACCACCAGUUUCUGCGGCAACGGCGGUGGUGGGUCGCGAAACUCGGCCAGGUAUUGCAGCUCCAAGAGCGAGGACCUGGGCGAGUCCUCCGACUAUCUGCGGGUCAUGGAUGCCCGCAAAUCGUACUCCGAGCGGCACCUGGUGCGGCUCAAGCAGACGGCCAUCAACAACACGCACAGCGAGGACGAGAUGAGCUUCAACGAUGACAAUAAUCCGACGGUAUCAUCGCAGGGGGGACAGGGGUUACGACAAUGCGGAGCCCAGUACAAUCAGAAGGAGCACCACCAGAAGCACCACUAUCAAUCGGGUGGCGGUAGGUGGAGCAGCAGCUGCUCCAUCGGCGGCCACCUGAAGACGACCAAUAUCAAGACCACCUCGCUGUCCGCCCAGUCCAGCCAAUCGAAUUUAGUGGCCCCCUCGACAACUGCCAGCUAUCGCACGCCCUCCAAGUCCCUCGACCAGAGCAUCGCCACCAUUGCCAUCCCGAGUGUCCAGGCCACCCACAGCACCGCCCAGAAGAAGCAGCAGAACAGCAGCAGCACCACCACCACCAGCAGCGACAACAGCAGCACCACCAGUUCGGUGGACGAGUCGCCCUCGCGUUUGACCCUCAGCGGUGCCGAUCUCUCGCGGAUCUUCGUGAUGGACAUGGACGAGGCACCCGGCAGCACUUGCAGCGAGGAGAAGACCCCGCUGCUGGACAGUGUGGAAAUGUCCCCGAUCAGUCCAACCGAUCCGGAGCAACCCGACCUCGACAAGCUCUAAGGGGCCGAGGUCCUAUAUGAAUACUAUAUACACGACGCACACACUCUACAGACACGUUUUGAGCAGCCGAAAUGCAAAGCAUGUGAUAAAGAAACCAAAUAUAACAGAAAACGAACGGGGAACCAUAAAGUUAUAGAACUACUAGGCUAGGUAUGAGAUGGCAGGCAGGGGAGGUGUUUUAACAGUGUUAUGGGGAAAGAGGAAUUUAUUUAGGUUCUAAAGAAUAUUUCCCUUUUAUAUUGAUUAUAAAUAUAAAUUUUAAAAAAUCCACUUAUUUGUAUUAAAAUAUUUUUAGAAAAAUUCUUGAAAAUCCAUUCUCAAUUUAAAGCCCCAAUUAAUUAUAUUCCCUGACCCCAUAAUAUUCGACUUCAACUCCUUUCUUUCCCCAAACACUCUUUUCCAACACUUUCCCCUCUGCCAGUGUUGGUUAAGGUAAGGCAAUUCUAUUCUUGGUUCAACACAAACACGUACACCCACUCAAACUUACACUGGAAAAUAUAAAUGGGCUGCUCCCGCCUUUGCUAAAUCCACACUCAAAGCUUUCUUCUGGUAACAAUAAUAUUUUUCUCUUUAUAUUGAACUUUAGCCGGUUGCUUUUACAGCAAUUCGAAAUUAACUAGCAUAUUUCUUCACUGAAGCUAAUCUCUAGACUGCUAAGCCACAAGACAACACAGAAAAACCAAAGGGGUUACCAUCCCGCUGAUUAGUUGUUUUUUUUAAACAAAACCAAAAGGGAAAACCGUUUUCGAAUUAUACGGAAUUAUACAAUUUACUUGGUAGUUAAUUGAAUAGUUAAGACUUGAAAGCUUCGCAGCUUGGCGCAUUGAAAAUGUUUUACUGUAGCCUAAAAUCGUUUUAAGCUCCCAGAGGGGCGUGUUUUAAAUAUAAAUUAUAAAAAGCAUAUUUUAGGGAACUUAAAAACCAGGAAAAUAACUAAAAGAGCAAACUAAGCCAAAGACAGUUUAACCAUUGAAUGGAAAAUCCAAGGCAGAGUUGGAAGUACGCGAGAUAUAACGAAAGAGUUAAACAUUUUUUAUUCAGUUGCUUUUGUUCAGAAAUACCACAUUAGCAAGCACUUCAAUAUCGCAAAGGAAGCAUAAAUUUUACCCCAUAAGAGUUAAACAUUAUCGUAUGAAACCGUAAACGAUAUAACAAUACAGAAAUGCAAUCAAAUUUACUAAGAUAUCGCAAACGAAAAUAUCACAAAAGCCACACACAAUCGAACACAGAAUAAAUAUCUCACUAGCGAUCAUAUAUAUAGAAGGUAAUAUUAGACGCACGCACUUAACUAUGACGAUCCAGAUUCGAAUCCCGGUCCAGAACCCAACCCCACCCGACAUAUUUGAAGAACUCAGAUGAUCUGCCACAGAGUCGCCCUUAGUUUGAUUAUUCGUAGUCGAUGAAUGCGUAGAACAUUGUUUACGGGACCCUCUAGAAUGUAUAUGUAUGUAUCCCCAAUAUUGUGUAAGUUCAUUUUGCUUGGAAUUGUUUGUGUAUACACGUAUGUACUCCCCAAGUAACUCCCGAAAACGGAGAAGCCCUAGAGAUCUAACAAAUAAACGAGAA